AUGGAGGCCUGUGUUUAUGAAGACUCGCCGCUGGCUGCGUACCUCGAAGGCGAAGGCGAAGCUGAGCAGGAAUGGGCACCGCAGGAGGUCGACUGGCCGCAGACCGAGUAUUCCGAUUCCACGACAGCCGAUUUCGCUCCUCAAGGGCCCCCGAAAUUCCAAGACCGCAUCAGAAACAAAAUCCCCGAGCCUUUAAAGUUGAAGCGGCCGAGUAGACCGGAGGCCCUGACUAGAAUCCAUGACACCUGUGCUGCAGCAAUCAGCGCGAGAAUCGGUAAAACCGACAACGAGCGGUUCCGAGAACAGUUUGGCUAUACUAUCAUAGCUUCUCAACUUCUAAACGAACCCAGCGCCCCGUCAUACACGUCCGUAUCGAAUCUGUUAAGCCACGCAUCCCAGAGCGACGAUGACAAGGCGGCCUCACGAGCGGCCGUGUUUGGCGUCCGAGGUGCGAUAUUUACGGCGUUGGCAUCAUUCUCCGUUGCCUUCCUUUUACACUGGGCACGCUCAAUACAUAGGAUAGGUUGGAGUAUUGGAACGGUCUUUCUUUUUGGCUUCCUGUUGACCGCAAUUGCGGCAGCGUUCUAUAUCUUUGCGAAACGCCAAUGGCUGAGAUACCUGCGAAGCCAGGCUAUCGAGAUUGCCACUGCUUGCGUUGGUAAUGCGCAGACACUCGACUCUGCGGCUUCAGCCUCUGUCGUGCUCAUACAAGAAGUCGAGCUUGUUUCACGCGGAUAUAGAGUGAGCUCACCACUCCCCCCUGUGAGCCGUCUUGAGGAGAAAUCACAGACCCGGCGAUGUUUGAAACUUCGCCGUGUCCUGGCAAAAUGCCUGGAGGAGAUGCUGGAAAAGUAUCUCUAUGUGAAACGACGAUUACGACCACUUGUAGAUGACACGAAUUUGGAAAAAUAUUACGACAUUUAUGAGAUUUCCCAGGUGGAACUCCAGGCAGCUGAAUCAACAGUGCUCGACCAGUCAGUCGACGACAAAACAUCCCUCAGAUCUCUUCGGUCAUUGUUCGCUCGACUUUAUAUUAUCCGGAAAAGUACCUUGUGCUAUCUCCUUGCGCUCACUGCAGACGGGAGUGAGGCGGACAUCGCGAGAUGGAGCACUGCAAGUGAAGAGAUGCAUAGCCUUACCGAGGCAAGUGCCGAAUGGAUUGAGAAGCUUAGGGAUAUUCUUAACGAGCAAGACCGCGAUAUAAUUGCAUCCUCCCCCAUGACAAACCCUAACCCAAACAAGGACCGAUAUCGUGCGCAGCUCCGACGACUAAACUCCCUAUCCCAAGGCAUACGUGGCCUACAUGCAAGGAUGCAGCUGAUCCGCGAAGAGUCCGAUGCCUGUUUAGACGGAUCUUCCGAAGACGUGGAUCUUGGCUCGACCCUGCUUGCCCAAUACGAAUCCAUCGGCGCCGAGUUACGUGGGAUAUUACAGGAAUGGGAAGCUGGCAAGUCUUCUAUGCGUGCUAGUAUUGACGCAUCUGAUCGCCAGUCCUAUUCGUCCCUACGUACGUCAAGCAUCAUAAAAUCGCCUUCAUCACCAACCUUCAGCAUCGGUGGAAGCACGGCCGUCGAUGGUGGUCCUGCUGACGCUCUACGUGCUCUGAACGGAGAGAUGCAGAGGUCUCUUAACCCGGAUAGCAACAUGGAUGACGACGAGGUGUUUGAGGCCAUCGCUAUGCCCCGGACACGGAGCUCGAUGACUCGUGUAGAGAGGAUCGCGCGGAUGAAGGAAGAUAGGGCUCGCCAGGCCGUUGCUCGAGAACGAACAGAUGCAAACACGCAUAUGCUGAAAGAGCUCGAAACUGUUAUCAAGCUUCGUCCUCACGGGAAGAACGGAGCGAGAGUCUCUAGUCUUUAA